GUGAGCUGUCAACAGGCCGGAGGCACUAUUCGACGUCCACAACCAGCAUACGUACGUGGAACGGAGACCGACUCGACCCUAUCGUCUACGUUACCGUCAUCCUCCUUACCUACACGGCUAGGCCGGAGGAGAUGAAGUUGUUUGGACGCGGAGGCUCCUGAGCGCAGUGGACAUGUGAGGCUUGACUCUACAGUUUAUUGCAGAUGCAAGUCCCAGGCUGGAUUGAAUGGCACUGAGGGUACGAGACUCAGUGGGUGCACUGCAAUGACCAGUCAUGCAGAACGAGCUCACCCCACCGCCCCUCGGCCACCCGCUUCAGCCCCCAAGCUGCAUGUUCAGCGAUCGCUGUCCAAGGAGACCAUCACUAUCCACUUCUCAGCUCUUGGGAAGGAGGACGAGGAAGAGGAGGAAGAGCUGUAUGGGAUAACAGUCCCCGCUGUCUCCGCUGCUGUUCAUGAUGACUCAAACAUUGUGACAGCCUUAGAGGCAAGUGAGGAAAUGUUUGAUGGGGCGCUGUUGGACACAGCAGCUGAAGUUGCCGUCAUGCCUGAAUCGUCAUCCACACAUCCCCCAGUUCCCAGUCAGAGCACCAGUUCCCCCACAUCAAAUCUGUCAAUGUUCCCCACUGAUCAGAAAGGGUCAAAUGCCACUUCCUCUCCAUCUAAAUCUUUCAGCUUUCCAUCCAGUGACAAACCCUUCCUAAAUUUGAUUAAGACUGUCUCCUCUGACAUUGAGCCUCGUGAUGGAGUUCCUCCUGCCGCCCCAUUAACUGUAAGGCAUAGGCAUCGGAUGAAGGCUCUGGUCAAAUCCCUAUCAUCUGAUACUUCCCAGGACUCAUCAUCUUCUGCCUCUUCCUAUCGUCUCCCAGAUUCCCGCCUCAACCUGCAGCUCUUCAAGCAGUUUACACAAUCCCGCAUGCCCACCGUUUCCAUGUCAUCAGCUAGUGAUUCUAAAACUGCACCUUCCUCUCCACUGACCUCCCCGGAUAGCCGUUCCUUUUUCAAGGUCUCUGAAGUGGAGGCACGCAUUGAAGAUACUAAGCGCCGUCUCUCUGAAGUCAUGUACGAACCCCUCCAGCUACUGAGUAAAAUCAUUGAUGAGAAGAGUGGCAGCGCAGUUGGCAGUAGCAGCAUCUACCGGCCCAAGGCCCUCUCUGCCAGUGCUACAGAACUCUCUAGCAUGACCUUUCUCAACAAUGACCACCCAGAGAGCAACAACAAUAGCUACAGCAUCAAGGAGGAGGAGGGAAGUGACUGGGAGGUUGAAAGUGCACACAAUAGAGCAUCCAGCCAGGUGGAAUCAUCAUGCACCCCUCUUGCCAACACCAAGAACAAACCAGCUGUUGGCUCAAUGGCAUUGGACAAGUGUUCUAUGUCUGCUCUGGCCAAGCAGGAUGAUGAGGACUUCUGCAUACUCUACAGUGAGGACUUUGAUGCAUGUGCCAAUGUAGAAGGCGAUGGGAGCGAUAGAACUAAUGACACUGGAACUGGUAGCACCAAGCCAUGCAGUGAUUAUGAAUCUGAAAGUGAUGAGCUGACACCCAGUGUUCCAUACUAUACCCUUACAAUCCUAACCGCAAUGGUUUAUGGGUACUUUGUAUUACCCCUUCCCACUUACAUUGGAGGAAUGCUGCUUGGGGUGGGACUGGGCUUUAUUGUGGCUAUUGGGGUGUUGUGGCUGGCAGGACCAAAACAAGCUGACCGUGGACUGAGACAUUCCAGAGGCAUCAGCAAGCGAUGCAACGUGACCCAGUUAAACAUUAAAGAACCAGACAUCUUUAAGGGCUGGAUGAAUGAGAUAGGGAACUACGACCCAGAGACGUACCAUGCCACCCUAACCCACUCCAUCUAUGUCCGCCUGGAGGAAUCCGUCCUCCGUCUGUCCAGACCCAACCACAACAUUGCCCGACGUGCCACUCACAAUGAACCAAAACCUGAUGUCUCCUACAUCAGCCAAAAGAUCUAUGACCUUGCCAACAGUAAGGUAUACCUAGUGCCUGAAAACCUGGCCAGAAAACGGGUUUGGAACAAGAAAUACCCCAUCUGCAUUGAACUGGCCAAGCAGGAUGACUUUAUGUCCAAAGUGGAGGAUGACCAGUCCGAGACCACUGAAGACUGGACAGCAACCAUUGCAGUUACACGAAACGGAGAAGAGGAGACAGGGGUGGCACAAGGGAAAGGACAGCCAUCAUCAUCAAGUAGGGGUGUGACCCUCUAUCUGUUUGGGAGAACUGGGAGGGAGAAAGAGGAGUGGUUUCGCAGGAUUCUUAUGGCCUCCAAGCGAAAGACACAGAUAAAGCGAGAUGCAAAUGUUGUGGGGAAUAAGAAUGUCCUGAACUCACAUAGUCGCAGCAGUAGCCGUGGCAGUCUAGACGAGGCACUGGCCUCUCAGCCAAGGCCAAAGGAGUACCCAGCCUCCUCUGCAGCUGCUGUCAGUGCAAAAGGCAAGACUGGUUUGGACUACAAUGUCUACAUGGCCACAUUGGUGCCAACACAGUUGGCCAGACCCACUGCUGCCAGCCCCACUAUUCAGAGUCCAGAGAGCAGCCCUGGUGCCAACAAGAAGCUCUCCAGCAGCCCUGUUGUGUCAACCAGGGAAGAGAAGGAGCCUGUUGCCUGGGUGAAUGCAGCAGCUGGCCGGAUUUUCUGGGACUUCCUGACAGAACCCUGUUGGGCCGAACUAGUCUCUAAGAAGAUCCAGAUGAAGCUCAGCAAGAUCAGGUUGCCUUACUUUAUGAAUGAGCUGACACUGACAGAACUGGACAUGGGUGUGGUCACUCCUAGGAUCCUUGGGGCCUCUACUCCUUCUGUUGACCACCAAGGUCUGUGGUUUGACCUGGAGAUCUCCUACAGUGGCUCCUUCUUGAUGACCCUGGAGACUAAAAUGAACCUGAUCCGCCUGGGCAAGGAGGGAGAGGGUCCACGCAUAGGGGAGUUCGGCAAGGACGGACAAAGGCUACGGACUUACUGUCUGGCUGACAGUGAUGAAGAAUCAUCCAGCGCGGGCUCAUCAGAUGAGGAUUCCUCUGAGCUCACGACUGACUCUCCUGGAGCGGAAGGCUUGGUGGGGGGCCAUAAACCAAGCAAGAUCAUGCGCUUUGUGGACAAAAUCACCAAGUCCAAGUACUUCCAGAAGGCCACGGAGACAGAGUUCAUCAAGAAAAAGAUGGAGGAGGUGUCUAACACGCCCCUGCUGCUUACUGUGGAGGUCCAGGAGCUCCGAGGGACACUGGCUGUUAACAUCCCCCCUCCCCCCACCGACAGGAUAUGGUAUGGCUUUAGGACUCCACCUCACCUGGAGCUAAAAGCAAGACCUAAACUGGGAGAGAGGGAGGUCACUCUAGCCCAUGUUACAGACUGGAUAGAGAAAAAACUGGAUCAGGAAUUCCAGAAAAUCUUUGUGAUGCCAAACAUGGAUGACGUGUGGCUGACUAUCAUGCAUUCCGCCAUGGACCCUCGUACCUCUGGUGGACCCUUAGCUGGCUCCACAGCCAAUCCAGAGUCCUCCCAGUAGGAGAAGGGAGCUUCCAGCCAACCAGCCAUACAAAAAAAUGUUUACAGUAUUUCCCUGAGCUUGUGAAGUCUCAAAAUGGAAACUAGAGCCAAAGUUGAUAAGCCAGACACUACUGUAACACAUACACACAUUCCCAUAGCAGGGGGGUCUCUCAUCUGCCAUAGAGAAGGCCAUGAAUUUUGAAGGAACCAAGAUUAGGUUCUCCUAAUCAAGGAAACACUUGAGACUACCUGUUGCUUGCUGCUUUACUCAGUACUUAUCUUGGUCAGAUGAAAAGGAUAUUUGGAGAAAUAAUAUUGUAACCUCGACUGUCAAAAAUGGAUUGUUGAGAGUUAUGCUUGGCAUGGACAGGGUUGAGUUAAGUUAAUGGGGGGACUAUAUUGGGAUGUAUAAAGUAUAUUAUGUCCUAUGAACACAUCACUUUAGAAGCAUUCACCAGAUACCUUACAUCUUGCUCUUGUCAGAUUUUCUCUGAAGGCACAAGGGAGGAAAAUAUAAUGUGAUGACACAGCAUGUUAUUUGAGACACUAAUUUGACGGACCUCGGAUGGACAGCAUGCACUUUGGUUGAGGAAUGUCACAGGGGUAUUGUAGUCCUUUGUAGUAUAGUGAAGCUAUGAUAAGUACAGGGUUCUGAUGUCAUGAUGAAAUCAAUAGAAUUUCAUUGUGAAAACAGUUAGCAGGUCUAAUGGUAGAGUUGGAAAAACAAAGUUUAUAUUUAAGUGUCACGGAAUUGGAAAAUGCUGAUACUUGAUCUCCUGUUUCUGAUUUUUGCUUCAUGAAAUAUCCAAUCUGCAGAGUGCAGUGUGUCCUGACGUUGACAGUCUUCAGACUGAUGGAAACUAACAGUUUUUAUUUGUGCUGUGACUACACACUCUCGACACCCUAACCCACCAAAACUGUAAUUUAUAUGCAAAUGACCCUAUGAUUAAUGUGUGCAUGGAGCUACAUGAACUAAGAAUUUCCACCCUUUCGUUAACCUCUGAAAGCGAAUGCUAAAGAGCCAACUCACUUUUUUGUCGGCAAAUAUGCUUCAUUUCACUGAUGCCUUUGUAAGUUCCAUGCUGCAGUAAUUACAAAUACUUGGGCAUGGUAAGUGCAAUGAUAGAAGUUAUGUAUACAGUAUGAUCUAAUUAAAUUAUCAUACAAAAGUAUGUGUGGAGAGUGAUAUGUGCAAGGUCUCUAAAACCACUAUUGAAUGUAUAAAUGGAUACAUUAGCCCUGUUGAUGUUUUGUGAAAAAUAUUCUUAUCCAAUCAUGUUUCGAUUGGGGUUUGCAAACUAUUGCACAAAUACAGUAUAGCCUUUUCUUUUCAAUGUAAUAAACACUAUUCCACCUAAUGGGUAUCUCUGCAGAUGUGCUGGCCAAUCAAUAUUUGAAUUCAUUGCAUUAAGCUUAUUGACCAUUUGCCGAGUAGCAGUUAGUGUAUUUAUUCAUGCGUUCGUAUCACUUAUCUUGGUAAUGUAGGACAUGACUUCAAAUGAUCAACUCCAAUAACUUCUAAUGCUUUGAAAUCAGUUUCCUCCCCCCAUGUGUUGAAUAAAAAAAUAAAUGAAGUCUAACAACACCUAGAUGAAGGUGAAUACUGUAGUGCUUUAAUUGCCAAAAAUGCAUAGCCGUGUUAUUUAACUCCUGUCAGAGGCCAUCUUUUAUAAACUGUCAUACCCCUAAUCCCAGCCCUAGUUGUUUAAUUAGGCAUACAGUGACAGAUAAUCUUCCUGUUCUAAAGUAUACAUCCUCUAUUGACACAGCAUUUUGAGAUGAUACUCUGAAAUAUCAACAUUGACUUUGUUUACAUGAAUUUGUGUUCAUUCAUUGCUUAAGCACUGUGCCAUUUUUGUGAUACAGUGUAUACGAUAUAAUUUAUAAGGUAAAAUAUAAUAUAUACUACAUCUGAUACAUUGUGCUUGAACUCAUCGGGGUAGACAAAGGCACAAAGGCUGGGUUUUGUUUUUUGUUUUGCCUCUCUGACAAACCAGAACGAAAUGAGUGGAACUCCCAUUGGAAAUAUAAAGAUGAUGUAGUUAUGAAGUGUUAAGGAGUUUUUAAUUUUGCCGUAUAAUUUAAAGGCCAAACUGAUUGUGUAUCUGCCUCAUUUACAAAGAAAAGGUUAUCUAGUUUAAGCCUUUAAACCGUUGCAAAUGUUUGUUUUGCAGGCCUUAUCCUCACAUCUGGAGAGAAAACCAUACAUUUUGUAUCAAGAAUUGUAAUGCCAGGUACAAAUGAAGAAAUACUGCUUUCUUUGUAAUUAUUCGCUGUUGAUUGAGAAUAAAGAUUUUUCUGA